GCUGGGACGCCGGAUCCCGCCUGGGGCGUCUCCGCCGCCAAAGCUGCCCGGAUUGCUGCGGUGCAGACGCUGAAGCGGAUUGUGACGGCUACAGACCUGGAGACCGCCAAGAGCAUGGCGGAAGCAACUCUGGGACUGAUGGAGGACCAGAAGUUCUUCUUGGCCGUCGCCGCCAAUGAGACGGACAAGGACUCCGCUACUUCCAUGGGCGUGGUGCGGAGAAAGGACACCUCAGAUGAGCCUGUGACCUUCCAGCGCACUGGAG